AUGUCGACAUCUGAUCAUCCAGAGUCAGAUGGUCAGACGGAACGUGCCAAUCGUGUCCUCGAAGAGAUACUUCGAGGAUACGUACACUCCUUUAAGAGUUGGAGUGAGUUUUUGCCAAUGGUAGAGUUUGCCAUCAACAACUCGGUGCAUGCGUCCACGACACAUACACCGUUUUACGUGAAUGGCUUACGCCAUCCGCUUGUACCCACCUUACUAGAGUGUGACUCUGGUUUAAGGGGAGGGGGGACCCGCGCGAGCAAAAACCGAUUUGGUUCACGCUCAUCACGCUCUGACGAAGAGGUCAUUGCGUUUGAUGCCGAUAUCGAUAACAUCGAUAUCGAAGAAGAUAAUGCCAGUGAGAGUGCGGAAGCCCUCACUGAAGAAAAGAUUGUUGUCGCUGCAGUGCGCUCACAGCGCACUGAAGCUAACGAGUCAUCAGAUGAGUUCAUACUGGCUCGUGAAACGGUAGCCCGUUUUGUGCAAGAUUCCAUCGCCGAGGCGGUGGAUAGGCAAAAAGCAAAACGUUGA